GGUACCGAGAGCCGACCGGCGAGCGGUGCCGGGCAACCAGCAAGGAACGAGCUGGGUAGGAAGUAGGUCAUAAAGCUUGCACUGGUCCGCCUGGUCUGACAAAACGGUGGAAAUAUAGCUGUACCUCUAAAUCAACGCAAGAACAUUCAAGCAUCUGGCAGGAAAGAGUUCUGUAAAUCUCACAAUAAUACAUCGAUAAUUCCAACAUCAGUGAUAAUGACAGCCAUCAUGGUAAAACGUUUACAACUCCUUCUGUUGCUUGUCGUGGGUAUGGUGCAGGUGCCAAUGCUGGAGGGGUGUCGUGUCGUCAGCAUCUCCAACAAUCAUCCUCCAAGCCACGCCUCUCUCAUGACAACCUACACCCGGACCAACAUGACAUCAUCUGGGCGUCCCGUGUACAAAAGCGACACCAGCGACUCGUACCUGUACCACAUCCCUGCCCGUAAUGGUCAUUCUGCCCGAUGGGUUGUUGGGAAGACCGUGGGUGCAACAGAUGGAUACACCAUGUUCGUGAAGAGUGACCACUCUAACGCGGACGAAAUCACCGGACAGUUCUUCACCCUGGUACAUGGUGUUUGGAAAGAAUCAGCAAAUGUUAAUGCAUCAUGUGCAGUGGAGAACGUUGCCCUUGGAAAACCGGCCUCACAAAGCAGCACAGCUACAGAUGGGUCCAAUACGGCGGGCCUAGCCGUGGACGGAGAGAAGGGAACGUCUGUGCCGGAUAACCAGUGUACCCUGACCAACCCUGAGAUCAGCCCGUGGUGGGAAGUGGACCUCGGCGGAGACUGGCCGAUUGAAACCGUGCGAGUUCUCAACCGCGGGGACUGUUGUGGACGCCUUCUCGAGAAUUUUGAAGUUAGAAUAAAAGGCAGAGAAUGGCAGUCGUGGGGCUCAAGUGAAAUGUGCGGAGUCCCGAAUCACGGCACGCUAGCCAAUGGGCAGAGCAUCACCGUGGACUGCGGCCCUCCGAUCGUCGGCAGAUACGUCCGGAUCCAGCUGCCUGAGAGGUCGGAUACUGACGUGCUGUCCGUGUGUGAGGUGGAGGUGUUCCCAGGCUUGGGAUGCCCAGCUGGUUCCAUCGUCCAUGGGGGUAUCUGUUACAUGCCCGUCAACACCCCGAUGAACUACGGGAACGCACGGGCAACAUGCCAACACCGUGGCGGUACCCUAUCCAUGCCACGCCAUCGCCACAUCAACGCGUUCCUGACUGAUACAGCCAUCCGUGAGGACAUGUACAGCCACUACUGGAUCGGGCUGUUCAAGGAGAACGGGGACUGGACCUGGGAAGACGGCAAUCGGCUUUCCGGGUUUCGCGGAUGGGGAACAGAACAGCAAAUCACGAUCGGCAACUGCACAGUACUUCGCCCUGACGGUACUUGGCAAGUUGAGUCUUGUGAGACGACGGCCAAGUUCUUUUGUCAGGUCCAAGCGCCUGUGGAUCUUGCGACUGUUGGGUACCAAAAACAUGGCGGAGCUUACCUUCGAGCUUUCUCGGUAAAGAAGACGCUUGAUGAGGCCAAAGUCGCCUGUGAUCAGUUCGGUGGAGGACGUCUUGCUCAGCCCACAACAAGAGAAUUCAAUGAUAUCCUGACCGGUAUUGUAGGAGAAGCAUCUGCUGACGAAAAGUUUUGGAUCGGUCUGAAAAUGUUUGAGGACUUCUGGUCGUGGUCGGAUGGGACCCCAAGCGAGAUGUCCUACAGCAGCUGGGCAUCUGGACAACCAUCGGGGCAGGGCUGCGUCACGACGACGUCAACUGGAGAGUGGAGCGUGAAAAACUGCGACGAAGAGGCGUUCUACGUUUGCCAGAUAGGUGAUGAGAGCCUAUAUGAGAUGGAUCCUUACUCUAAAGUAGUGCGAUGCGGCGGAACAAUCGACGGAAGUUUUGGCCAGAUCGUAUCACCAGGAUAUGGACAGAGUCUGAACAACCCCGAAGAACUGGACUGUGAGUGGAAGAUCACAGUCCCGGAUGGAAAGGUCGUACAGUUUACAUUUGGAGACUUUCAACUGGAGGAAAACGGCAACCUCGAGAUAUUCGAUUUCUGUCCUUACGGAAACCGCGUCGAGAGUCUUUCAGGAACUGCCGAAUCCAAUCUGACUAUCACCACCACCGCCAAUGAGGCCUUCCUCAAAUUCAGCUCCAGUGGUCUACAACCGACGCAUCGUUUUAACAUCAGCUUCCAAGCAAUCUCCCCACCACACCGUAUAUAUGGUCUACAGAACAGCCAGCAUACUGCACGGAACAAGAGAGCUGCGAAGGCAGGGGGCAUCAAAGCUGGCCUGAAGGAAGUUGCUAGCUUCGUGAGUGACCUUCUCUUCAGCUUAGCAGGAGUUGUUUUUAAUAUCCUUAAUAGCCUGGACACAGCACAUGAAGAAGUACUGGAAAAGCUAAACGUGCUUGAGAGGAAGGUCGAUGAUAUUUAUGAAGCAAUACGGAACCUGGGCAUCAUGACGAGAUGGCAACACGAGAUGGUAAGAGCCGUUCAGUUGUAUGCUGAGUCCGAGACAAGGAUCAAGGACAUGCUCGACACGUUGCGAACUCGAUUUCGCAUUACAAGAAACGGAACACUGGAACCUAUCCUGGCCAAUGAAGACCUCGUUCAAGAGUGGGUGGACAAUGUACUGACUCAGGGCGGCGGAGGCAUGAACUCGGCCUUGAACAACAUGCAUCGCAUGGUGAUGGGGACCGAGUCACUGUUUCAUGGGAAGUCAUACAUUAAAAUAAUGGACGACCUACUGAAAAGCCAGAAUCAUCCGACUGCCAUUGAACAGCUGAGGAUUAUCGCUGAAUACAUCAUUGACCUCCAACUCUCCGCGUACGUCGCCUGGAUCCUCGCUCUCAGGCAUAAUGGUGAUAUGGGCGGAGUUGAAGAAAUCAUGAAGAGAGGACACAACAAGCUGAGUCAACAAAAUUGCUUCAUGGCUCGUUACUUCUAUGACUGGCCGGCAGGCACGUAUGGCUUUCCCAUGGCAACUGGCGGGUGCCCGAAUGGGUCAUCUGUGACUUUUGAGGAGGGCCAGUACGGGAUGAAUGGAGUCAACGGUUUCCAAUGGUCACAGGAUGAUCAACUGCAUUUAAGCGGAGGUGUCUCCAGGAACACUGUGAAGCAGAGGGUCUGCAUGAAGACGACUUACAGUGACAGCGAGGACAACGUUGACUGGCCAAAAGGAAGCUACUGCUUGUUUAAGUAUAGGAGCUGUCCAGAAGGAUUCAGUUGGGGCCGGCUGGGAUUUCCCGGAGGUACUAAGACUGGAGUUAUUCCGGAUGGAGACGUGGCCAGUGACAGCACAGAGAUGGAGUACUGCUGCCGGAAUGACGGGGUUGCGUCCUUGGCCAUCCGCCUGCCUUCCAGAUCCCCCUUCUACCUGCUGAGACAUGGAGGAGAGUGCCAGCAGGUCGAUGGAGCAACUGUUCGUGAGGAGUGGAUUGAGUACACGGGUAACGGACACAGGGCUGGCAUGACUCCUGACGAUGAUGGUGACGACAACAGCCACAAGAUCUACUACUGCUUCUACAGCGCAUCAGGGUCAUCACCCAACAUCCCAGCUACACCGAUCAUCUCAGCUGCUGUACCAGCGCACACAGCAAACGUAAUCAGCUAUGUUACGUGCGUCAUCAUCAGCCUUGUAACUGGGCUAUGGGCCCUAAUCUGAGAAUCAGGCCAUUGGUGAUAAUACUCAUCAUAACCAUUCUAAUGACCAAACCUUUUCUAGAAAGAUCAUCUAUUUUAGUAAAGAAUCUGUCAUUUUAUCCUACCUGUGACAAUGCUGAAUAGCCAUUUUCACACAAAAAAUCAUUUCAUUCUAUAAGAAAUGCCUGAUAUAUAUGACGUUUCCAUAUAUUUGGGAAAACUACUUUGAAUAUCAAGUUGAGUAUGAAAAUACUUUUUACUUCUUGAUUAAAAGCAGACACAUCAAUUUAUCACUUCGAUGCUGAUAGAAUCUUGAUUUGAACCCUGAUUUUCAAAUUCAUUUUGAUCUUCUGAUAUGAUCAUAUGAGGUAAAGACAAAUUAGAAUAUGUGACACAAAACUGUGGGAAAAUGGAUACAUACAUGUUGAAAUGGGGUCCACUGUAUGGUAAAUUGUUAGACUGAUGUAUUGUUUGCAAAAUGUCUCUGGGUAUUUAUUUUUCUUGUAUGUGAACAUGUCCUUUGCCUUUAUUCUUUGAAAUUAC